AGGGAAUGAGGGCCACCAGUCCCACCACCACACCACCACUACACAUCCACCUCAAACCUUCAUUCUCCACCGUUUCCAGCCACCAAACCACUCGCCGCACCUCCCUCCCCCUUCGCCUCCCUUCGCCGGUCAUCCCCGCCCCUCGCACAGCUCUCCCCGCCCCUCGCAAACCCUCCCUCAACCCCGAAAAACCACCAUCAGCCUCGAAUAAACCCUAGAAACUAUUCUCCCUCGCCGUUUGAGGUGCGACAACCUCCGACGAGGGUUGGGGGAGGUGCGAAAAGGGUUGAGGGAGGUGCGAAAAGGGGCAGCGACGUGCGAUUCCGGUGCGAAAAGGGGCAGCGAACGAUUUGAUUCCGGUGCAGGGGAGAGUCGGUGAGGGUCGGCGAGGGGCGGCGAGGGUCGGGGGAGGGGCGACGAGGGUCAGGUAGGACGGUGGUUGGGUUUUCCGGUGGUUGGGUAGGUAUGAAGGUGGUGAUGUGGUGGUGUGGUGGUGGUAGGGAAUGGGCUUAGAAGGAUUUGGGGGAAUGGAUGGGGGAAAGGGAAUGAAAAAAAAGGGCUAACAAACAGCAACAAAGGAUAUGAGGGUGGUUGAUUCCCUUUCCCUUUGAUGAAUAUCCCCAACCAAACGGCCCCUUAAUCUUGUUAAAGUCUUUCAUGUCAAAGCUCAAUCUUAAUCUUGUUUAGCGAAGAAAUUCAGAAUCUCACUUCCAUUGAAAAUCAUUAAACCCCAAUAAAACCCUAAUGCCUACACCUUUCUGUUCCUUCUUUCUCAAUUUUUCUAUGAUCCAAAUUUGAUUUUAAUUUCAUAUUGAAAAGAAGAAAAUUGAAAUGUCUGUAUUCCUAAAUUUAAUUGAGUAUCUUCAAUUUUCAUCAACUUAAAUAAAAAAAAAAAAAAAAAUCAAAGAAGAAAGAGGGCAAUUAAAGAUGAGUCAACCCUCAGUGAUUCUUGCAACUGCUAGCUAUGACCACACCAUUCGAUUUUGGGAGGCUCAAACUGGUAGAUGCUAUCGUAAUAUUCAAUACCCAGAUUCUCAAGUUAAUAGGCUUGAAAUAACCCCAGAUAAGCGAUAUUUGGCUGCAGCUGGGAAUCCUCACAUUCGAUUGUUCGAUAUUAAUUCGAGCAACCCUCAACCGGUGAUGAGUUAUGAUUCUCAUACGAAUAAUGUUAUGGCAGUUGGGUUUCCAUCUAAUGGAAAUUGGAUGUAUUCCGGUUCUGAGGAUGGUACAGUGAAGAUAUGGGACCUCAGAGCUCCAGGCUGUCAAAGGGAAUAUGAAAGUCGCGCUGCUGUGAACACUGUUGUCCUGCAUCCAAACCAGACUGAACUAAUAUCAGGAGACCAGAAUGGCAAUAUCCGGGUUUGGGAUUUGACAGCAAAUUCAUGCAGCUGUGAAUUGGUACCAGAAGUGGAUACUGCUGUAAGGUCUUUGACAGUGAUGUUUGAUGGAACCUUGGUAGUCGCUGCAAAUAAUAAUGGAACCUGCUUUGUUUGGCGUUUGUUGAGCGGGACACAGACAAUGACAAAUUUUGAGCCACUUCACAGGCUUCAAGCGCACAAAGGAUACAUCCUUAAGUGCCUUCUUUCGCCUGAAUAUUGUGAACCCAAUAGAUACUUGGCAACUACAUCAUCUGAUUAUACGGUCAAGAUAUGGAAUGUUGACAACCGUUUCACCUUGGAGAAAACUUUAUCUGGGCAUGAACGGUGGGUGUGGGACUGUGUUUUUUCUGUAGAUGGUGCCUACCUAAUUACAGCUUCCUCGGAUGGAAGUGCAAAGCUGUGGUCGAUGUCAAGUGGUGAAGUCAUCCAAACAUAUCAAGGGCAUCACAAAGCUGUUGUUUGCUGUGCUCUAAAUGAUGGAGCUGAAGUGUCUUCUUCAUAACCCUUUUACGUUAACUUCCCAUUUUGUAACAAAUAAGUUCGUUCCUAAUCUUGGUGGUUGUAUUUCGACUGAUCUUCUUGUGUACAUAGUUUUUCCUUUUCAUAGAUUGUCGUAGCAUUGGAAAGGUGGGUUGAACUUUGAUUUUCACAGCCAAAAAAAGGUGAGCUCUCUAUUGAAAAUAAACGCUCAGCCUUAAAACGUUCACUCUGUUCUCCUGCCUUUUUAGGUUAAGCUGCACAGAAAGUGGUUAGAGAAGCUUGUCGAAUUCAAAGGAGUACUAAUAACUUAUGCAUUGCAUGACAAUUUUUUGAAUCA